CUGAUGAUCCUAAUCACUUAACAGGGGACACACUGCACUGGGGACAGCAGCUUAGGUCCUGUGGACAUGCCAGGCUGAGUCCCUGUGCACCAGGCAAUUUGCGGCUUGGACAACAAAGUGUCUCAUGCCCAGAGGGAGAUGAGGUCACUGGGCCCCUCCUCAUAACCCCGAUCCUGCUGCUGCCCAGCAGCACAGCUGAGAGCAGCCCCCCUGCAGGGACCUGCUGAGGAGACAGGCUGUGGUGAGGAUGCCAGUGUGACUGGCGGCUCGGGCUGGCAAGAGAUGGAUAUGCUGUCCAUGGCGGGAACAUCUCAGAGAGACCGCCAUUCCAUGAUUUCCAGAGACACCCCGUUUGGGGUCUUCCUCUCCAUUCAAACUGGAGUUGGUUUCCUGGGGAACUGCUUGCUGUUCACUUUAUACAUGUACACCUUCUUCACUCUCCCCCAUAAGAGGAAGCCUGCUGAUGGGAUCCUUGCCCACUUAACUUUGGCUAACAGCCUGACCGUCCUAUUCAGAGGGGUUCCAAAUAUAAUUCGUUCCUUUGGAAUGAGGCCUGAGACAAGUGACACUGAGUGUAAACUUGUUCUCUACAUUCAGCGAGUUACCCGGGGUAUUUCUCUGUGCACCACCUCCCUCCAGAGCUCGUUCCAGGCCGUGACCAUUGCUGUAAGUGGUUGUAAAUGGGCCUGGCUCAAGAACAACAUCUUCACACUCAUUCAACCCUCCAUAUUUUUCUGCUGGAUCAUCAACAUGGUCAUGUAUUCUGAGGUUAUCUUAAACAUUGUGGCCAUUAGGAAUGCCAGUGAUGUUACAUCUUGGUAUUAUAGACCUUUUUGUAAGCUCAGUAUGUAUAACCACCAGGUGUCCAUGGUGUUUCUCAGUAGCAUGAUUAUUCAGGACUCAUUGUUUCUCUUCCUAAUGGCAUGCAGUAGUAUCUACAUGGUGACUGUCCUUACCAAACACCACAGGACAGCUCAGAGCAUCCGCAGCAGCGCCCGCUACUCAGGAAGCUCUCCUGAACGCAAAGCCACCCAGGUCAUCCUCACACUGGUUUGCUGCUUCGUUUUCUUUUACUGGACCAAUAGCUUUCUUACUGCUUAUACACAGUUUGGAAAUAAGCUGAAUUGGCAACUGGAGAACAUUAAUAACUUUAUUUCUUCGUGUUACCCGACCAUCUGUCCUUUCAUCCUGAUGAUAAAUGAGAAAAGAAUUUCCAGAGUGCAUUUCUUCAAUAGUAGGACCAGAAUUUUUUUUCAUUAAAGUAAAUGAAAUGAUCCUAUGAACACUCCUCAGCAUUUGUCUUCACGAGAAGAUUCAUUUAUAUGCGUCCAGAGUCAUGUGGUCACCAAUGAUUGGAAGGAUGUAUCGAGUCCCCAUUGUGCUGAAUUAAUGGGAAGUAAAAUCAAUGCAUUGACUAUUUAUGAAACUUUUCAGACAUUACAUGUAAUGUUUAGAUUAUAACACUGUUAUGAGUGGUUUAAACUU